AUAAGACUUUUAACUCUUUGAGUUUUAUUAGUCCAAAAGUUAACCUUGGGUUAAAACUCAAAAGUCAAAACCCCAAAGUAAAAUGUCAAACCUCCCUACUUCCAACUCCCUCUCUAUUCUUUGACCAUCUUCGCAACCUCCCUUCUCAUAGCGCGAAAAAAUGUAAAAUGUAGUUCAUUACUUUUCUCCCAAGAAAACAGAGCAAUAUUUCAAAAAAUAGUGAUGACAAAACACACAAUUCUCAUUUCAUGUCAUCCCUAUUAUGCUCUCUUCUCUCUCAAGCAAAACAUCGAACACCUGGUAGACUUCAACUUACCUUUCAGAAAUUACCCAGAAAUUCGUAUGUCCAGAUUUAGGAAUAGCAAAGCAAUGGUUUUUCCUGUAAUUAAGAUUGGGACACUCGCAUUGAGAACUCUUAGUAAACCUAUUGCAAGUCGUCUCAAACAACAAGCUGGGUUGCACCCUAAAUUUCGUGAAUUGAUCAUUAGUCUUGCUCAGGCAAAUCAUCGGCUCACAACUACACUGCAAAGGCGUAUAUAUGGCCAUGCAACAGAUGUUGAAAUUCGCCCGCUAAAUCAGGAGAGAGCUGUUCAGGCUGCCUCAGAUCUUCUAGGAGAAAUGUUCAUAUUUCUGGUUGCAGGAGCAGCUGUGAUAUUUGAAGUGCAAAGAAGCGCAAAAUCAGAAGCUAAAAAGGAGGAGAAACGGCUGCAAGAAUUGGAGGCAUUGAGACAAAAAAACGAAGCUCUAUAUAAGGAAGUGGAGCAACUUAAGCACAAACUCGUAGAAAUCGAGAAGCUGGCAAAGGGACAAGGUAUAGCUGGUAUUUUCAACUUCAGAUUUUUUGGACAGUCAGGAACUGAAAAGUCAGCACAAGGUGCUUGAACUGACUGAUAAUUCAUCUCUUGACUAAAUUCACUAGCAACCUUAAUUUUUUGAUUUUUAGCUUUGUUUAGUUUUUACUUUUGGGUGAUAUGUGCCCAUAUUUUUAUGUAUAUGAUUUUUAGGAACUCAUUAUUACUGACCAUAUUCACUGUCGAAGUGAUUGCCAAUCUCUCACUGUUAGUUUGAGUCCUUCCAACCCUGUAAAUUACGAAUAAAACUGUAACAACUUAACAGAUUGAUAGCCUUAUUUUUGUCUAAAAUAAAAUUGCUUGCACUUGUAGUGCAAUUUUUCAUCUUAGUUCUCUCAUCUGAUCUGUUUCAAACCAGUUUCAUACAUGCAGCACGACGUAUCUGUGUACAUAAGAUUUUUCCAUAUUUCAUGUGUUUAGUUAAAUUAAAAAAAAAAAAAAGAAAAAAAAAAGCAUCAUAUGGUAUAUUAUGCCUAAAUACAUGAAUGAUGGGCAUACAACUUUGAAUUCUAA